AUGAAGAUCUCCAGUUUAUCGAGGUAUUCUACUGGAAUUAGGAGUAAGAAUAGGAAGAUUCGAGACUAUUUGGAUCGCCAACUGAAUGAUGAAUUUGCAAAGUUGGCCAGGGAACAUUCAUAUCGGGCGAGAAGUGCCUUCAAGUUGUUAGAGAUCCAAAACAGAUGGAAAAUAUUCGAAAAGGGUAAGACUUUCUUGGUUUUUGUUCUUGUCUAGGUCAUAAAUUACAUGAUUAAUUUUAGUAUAAUAAUUAUAUUUUCCGUGCAGGAAAUACUGUGCUGGAUGUUGGUGCCGCUCCCGGAUCAUGGUCGCAAGUGGCCUACGAUUGUGUUCAACCCACGGGUUAUGUCCUCGGUGUGGAUUUACAACCAUUGAAACCGUUAGACGGCGUAGAAUUUCUGUCCAAGGCCGAUAUUCAAAAUCCGAGUGUUCAAAAAGCGAUAAUCAAGAGGCUAGGAGAUCGGCCAGUCGAUUGUUUGAUCAGUGAUAUGGCUCCAAGUCCGACGGGUAGGAAAUAUUUAGUGUUUUUUUUUGAAUUUAGGCUUCUCUGUUAUCAAAAAUUAUAUUACCUGUAGGACUAAUGUCCAAAUUUUAUUAUCCACGUCGUUUCAGGCAGUCGAACAGCAGAUCACGAACGAAUCAUUGACUUAUGUGAGACGGUGGUGGAUUUGAUAAGGCCAGAGAACGAGAGCAAACUCAAGAUCUCGGAUAAAUUUGUUUUCCUGUGCAAAAUCUGGGAUGGUCAUCGGAAAAUUGAAUUUACAAAAAAAUUAGAGAAACUUUUUGAUAAUGUAAGGUGCAUUAAGCCUGAGGCAAGUCGAUCAGAUAGUGCCGAAAUAUUUGUCUUAGCUAGGAGAAAUAAAUGA